AUGCUCGACACGUUCGAGAUCCUGACCACAUCCGGUGUGGUACUCUGGUCCAGGACCUAUGCGCCUGUCAACCCGUCCGUCAUCAAUAACUUCAUCGCUGAUGUCUUUAUCGAGGAGAAGGGCGGCGCUGCGUCUAGCCAGUCCGCAGCCAGCAACCCACCAUACAAACGCGAUCAGCACACACUCCGUUAUACCUUUGUCAAGGAACUAGGUGUCAUCUUUGUGGCCGUUUACAGAUCCCUCCUGCACCUGUCGUGGAUUGACAAGCUUGUCGACAACAUCAAGACUAUUUUUGUAGACUUAUACGGCGAGCAGUUGACGAAACCUCACACGACGUUGGUCGAAUGCCAUAAGUUCGACGAGUAUUUUGAUCAGCAGGUCCGAGAGCUGGAGACGACGGGGUCCAAGGGCGACUCAAACAUCUCGGCGGCCGAGUUCGCCAAGGAAGAGAAGACGUUGGGACGCGGUCUGAACGCUGCGAGCGGAACAUCGAACGAUCUGACGCCCAUUGCGACGCCCAACACCUCGCGGCCCUCGACCCCCGGUACCAGCAGUGUCAUAGUAGGAAAGGCUGGCCCUGUAGCGAAGAUGUCGCGCCGCGCGCGCAAGGCUGGGAGCUCGGGGCCCGUCUCGUCUGGAGACGAGUCGGCCGGCAGGAGGCCUAAGGUCGCUACGCGGUCGUCAACGAAGAAGGGCCGCAAGUGGGAUGCGGACGGUAUGGCGGACGAGGACGACGACGUUGUUCUCGACUACUCGGCAGCUCCGAAGUCGGCGACGAGCGACUCGGAAGCCGAGCCGGCCGGCCGCUCCUCCGCGGUCGAGCAGGUCGACCAUACGACAUGGGGGUCCAAGACGGCAAAGGGCCAAUUCGUGCUGAAGGAUCUCGACGAUGAGGUACACAACAUCCUGGCCUCGGCGCAGGCCAAGAACAACACCUCGUCCAAGACGGAGGCCUCGGGCGGGCUGAUCGGGUCCGGCCUGAGCACCAUCGGUGGCCUGUUCCGCAACGUUGUCGGCGGCAAGACGCUCACCAAGGCGGACCUCGACAAGGCUAUGAAGGGCAUGGAGGAGCACCUCCUCAAGAAGAACGUGGCACGCGAGGCCGCCGUCCGGCUGUGCGAGGGCGUCGAGAAAGAGCUCCUGGGCGUAAAGACGGGCAGCUUCGAGAGCAUCAACGCCAAGAUCCAGGCCGCCAUGGAGGCCUCGCUCACCAAGAUGCUCACACCGACGUCCUCCCUGGACCUCCUGCGAGAGAUCGAUGCCAUCACCGCGCCGCCCGCGACCUCCCUGCGCAGGGCCCGCCCGUAUGUCAUCUCCAUCGUCGGCGUCAACGGCGUCGGUAAGUCCACCAACCUGUCCAAGAUCUGCUUCUUUCUCUUGCAGAACAAGUACAAGGUGCUCAUCGCCGCCGGCGACACCUUCCGUUCCGGUGCCGUCGAGCAGCUCGCCGUCCACGUGCGCAACCUCAAGGAGCUCACUGUCCGCGAGGGCGGCCACGUCGAGCUGUACCAGAAGGGUUAUGGAAAGGACGCCGCCACCGUUGCGCGUGACGCCGUCUCGCACGCCGCCCAGGAGGGCUUCGACGUCGUCCUCAUCGACACCGCCGGGCGCAGGCAUAACGACCAACGCCUCAUGUCUUCCCUGGAGAAGUUUGCCAAGUUUGCUCAACCCGAUAAGAUCCUGAUGGUCGGCGAGGCCCUCGUCGGUACCGACUCGGUCGCUCAAGCCCGCAACUUCAACGCCGCCUUCGGCGCCGUCCGCACCCUCGACGGCUUCAUCAUCUCAAAGUGCGACACGGUCGGCAACAUGGUCGGCACCCUCGUCAGCCUCGUCCACGCCACAAACGUUCCGGUGCUCUUCGUCGGCGUCGGCCAGCACUACUCGGACCUGCGCAACUUCUCCGUCAAGUGGGCCGUCGAGAAGCUGCUGAGUAGCUCUUGA